UUAAUCCUUUCAAAAUAAUGCCCGUGUUUUGCAUUGUUUACCAUUUUGUUGCACAGGCUGUAUUGCUAAUACCUAAAAAAAUUGCAAAAAAUAUUGUAACAAAUAUUUUAAGAGGGGUUUGUAACUAUUUUACUGCGUUUAAUUAGGGUUCUAUUUUGUUCUCGGCAAUUUAAAAAAAAAAAAACUUACUAGAUUAGUGAGAUAUUGUGGUAAAUGACGUCAGCGUAAGUGAAGUCAACUCGGGUUUCAUCGGAUGUGGUCUCACCUCACGAGCGUCGGAAGAACAAGCAUUUAACCAGUUGAGUAAGACGGCAGGUGGAUGACAUUUCCUCAGAAUCGAGAGAGAUAUUGGAUCCACAGAGUUCUGAUCUUGUUCCUGUCGCGUGCAAACAAACCAGCUCUGAGUCCUGGUCACUAUGUCCAGUGAUCCACCUCCUCCCUACCCUGGAGGUCCCAGUGCCCCCCUUCUUGUGGAGAAAAAUGGACAGCCCGAGACUGUAAGAACUACUCCCAUCCAGGGACAGCCCCUUCCCCCAGACUAUGGCCCUCCACCCUAUGAGGCACCACAGCCGGGUUUCCUUCCCCCCCAUGUCCCAGGAGAGGGUCAUAUGCCCAUGCCUAUGCCCAUGCCUCCGCCAACACAAGGUGGCCCCUACCCACCGCCUCCUGGUCACUUUGCUGGCCCAAUCCCAGGACAGAUGGGUCCAGGCCCCGGCCACUUUGUGCACAUGGGGGGACACACGACAACAGUCCUGGCUCCACCAGGUGCAGCCACCACCGUGACGGUACUGCAGGGGGAAAUGUUCCAGACCUCGCCAGUGCAGACUGUGUGUCCACACUGCCAACAAGCAAUCGUCACCCGCAUUUCCCACGAUGUUGGCCUCAUGAACACACUCUUCUGCCUCUUCUGCUUCUUUGUAGGGUGUGACCUGGGAUGCUGCCUGAUUCCCUGCCUGAUUGACGACCUGAAGGACGUGACACACACCUGUCCUUACUGUAAGGGCUACAUCUACACAUACAAGCGUAUAUGCUAACCACCGACAGCUGGAUGCCACAGAGCCAUGUACAUGCACACAGAAACAAAAUCGCAGCUCCCCUGGCUGGUAGUAACAGCCCCNUUUUUUUUUUUUUUUUUUCGCAUAGUGUUGUGAAACCCUCUUGUAUUGUAAUCGCAGUUUUCCCAUUAGCUCACAGGACAUUUGCUGUAUAUAUUUCUUCAUAUUUUAAUGUCUUAACAUGAAGUUGUACAGAUCCCUGUUACUGCUAAUGAUGAGAGAUACUAAAACUGGCUGCAGCCAUUUUAGUGACAUGCAUGUGAAUUGUAGGACUGUAAAAGCUUUGGCAGCCUGAUGUAGAGGAAAACUCUCCCCGUCUAAUUUUUCUUUUAAUCCGUUCAAAAUGCCAUGUUCCUCCGGAUUAUGUUACAGAGAAAUGUGAAUAUUUGUGUGUCAUUUUUGUUUUUGACAUUUGUAGCUGUUGAAUGGGAGAAAACUGACCAUUUACUGACACAUCUGCUAGAAAUUACAAUAAUUUUCUUUGCUCCAAUCAGGAGCUGACUUAUUGUUACUCACCAGUUCCUCGUGUUUGUGAUCUACUGUCAUUGUAAUGUCAUCAUUUGCACUUUAUGUUAUAUUUUUAGCCCUUUUAUUCCUGAAGAAAAUCUGUCCUGUUUUAAUUUCCCUGAAGGAAGUGGAAUAAUUGUAAGCGUAAAGGUAAUAUAUAACUAAUCAAAAUAUAUUUGAUUGGAGGAUAUUGUAGUCUGUGUUGAGGAAAAUGCUUUUGUGAGAACACUGCAUGACAUCUCUGUGAUUCUCUGAGAUGGACACUUUAAAGUAGAUUCCUCACUGAUUUUAAAGUAGUAAACUAUAUUUAAAGGAAAAAGGGAUGCAGCCAUCAUUGCAUUGAUCACCUUCUAAUCUUGAUAUUCGUCAUCUAUGACUGCAUAAUGAAAUGCAUGUUAGAUGAAGCGAUAGCCUUGACUAAACACUGACAAUAGGCUUAAAAAAAUCAAAAUAGUUUUUUUAUUGGAUAUACCACUAACAGUGUAAAAGCACUGUUCCAUCACAGCAUGUCCGAUUUCAUUUUUCACUGACGCUUUGGAGGUGCAGAAUCUGUCCGCAUGAGCUACGCAUUCAAAUAAAUAAUUCUCAUUGGCUGGCUCCUAGAUUUGCAUUUUUUUUUUCCUCCUUACCUUAAGGAUGAUUGAGCCGCUCUAGAAAUUGCAUUUUGAGUUCAAGGAUUGCAUACAAAAUAAUCUCGUGGGAACCAGUGGCAUGCAUUGCUCUCAAUGUCUGCAACAAGGUACAAACAUUCAAGACAAUUUAAUUGACUGUUGUACACAGGUAUUAUUUUAUCAAUAAAAGCUCUGAAAGAAA